AACAAACAGUAAGAUGGCUCAAACAGUGAUGAAAGGAUUCACAGUCAGUGGUGUAGUGAUGGCACUGACCAGAAGGGCUAGUGUCCGUAGUCUGGCCACUGCUACCAGUAAGAAAGUGGGGGGUAAGAAGAAGGAAAAUGAAUUGCCGCCCGAGGGGGAGGUUACCAAGUCUGUGUUCAUGUCUCAAUCUACUGACAUCUACACCAAUUUGGCUCUUGAGGACUGGAUGUACCGCAAUAUGGACUUUAGUCGCCACCAUGUGAUGAUGGUUUGGAGAAAUGAGCCUUGUGUCGUCAUUGGAAGACAUCAAAACCCUUGGCUAGAAGCAAAUGUCCCAUUGCUCUCCGAGAGGGAAAUAGCUCUUGCCCGCCGAAACAGUGGCGGGGGCACUGUGUACCAUGACCGCGGCAACCUCAACAUCACUUUCUUCACACCACGCGAGAGGUAUGACAGGAAGUACAACUUGGAACUGGUCAAAAGAGCAUUAUACAGAGAAUUUGGAAUCAAGUCCAUCAUCAAUGAGCGACAGGACAUUGUUGUUCGUGACAAAUAUAAAAUAUCCGGAACAGCAGCAAAGCUUGGACGUCUCACGGGGUACCACCAUUGCACACUUCUAGUCAAUGCCAACAAGGCAGAUCUCAGUAAAGCCCUCGCUAAGCGUGAGCAUGGCAUACAGACGAACGCGACCGCGUCCACCCCGUCGCCGGUGCUGAACCUGGCGGAGUUGACCAGCCGGGUGACGGUGGAGGCGCUGCAGACGGCGCUGGGCUACGAGUACCUGCGCACUCCUGCGGUCAGCCUCCACGACGGCGGGCAGGAGCAGAUCGCUAAGCAACGAGGAUUCCAGUUCGUGAAUCCUACGGAUGAAUGGUUCCCGGGUCUCGCGGAACUGAAGAAUGAACUUCAGACCUGGGACUGGUGUUUCGGCAGGACCCCAGACUUCACAGUCAGUCGCACUUUCCCUGUGCCAUUCGAGCUAUUAGCUCCGUCUAAAGUGUACUCUGCCUCACAAGAACUGAUAAUCAAUAUGACUGUAGUCAAAGGACUGAUUGAUGACGUCACAUUAAGUAUCCCGCCGGGUCUAGUCGAGUCGGGAUUCCACGGGGAAGCUUCAGUCAUCACGCACCUGAAAGGAAAGAGGUUCACUUCCGAAGCGCUGACCGCUCUGCAAGAGGCUAUGCUGACGCGGCAUUUGGGCAGUGAAGAAAAGAAGUUGGACGAUAAGGAACAGUUUGUAGCCAAAUGUUUCGACCAAGUGGUAAAUACCGUGUAAGUUGUAUUGCACGAUUUGUAUAUAAAUAAUAAUUGAGUUUAACGGCGCUGUGGUUAUAAAUACUUAUCGGUUGUAAAUUUUAAAUGAUAUUAUAGAUAUUUUAUAUAUUUGAUACCAGUUUAGUACAGGUUAGAUUUCAAAUACAUAUAUUUUUGUAAAAAUAUUAGAUGUAUAAAAUAAUUAGGUACCUAUAUUGAUUGUCUAAAGUUGUGUUAUGUUAUACAUAGUUACUUCCUGUGCUUCUAUUAAUUUCUUAUUGUGUUGCUUUCUUGUUUGUUAUUACUUUCCCGUCUGCUUAUUACACUGUGUUCUUUUAGUUUAGUGUUGUAUUUAUUAAUAGUAAGAAAUCGGCACGAUAGUUUGUUUAUUAGGUUUACAUGCAACUUUAAAAAAAGAAAUUGUUGCUUUUUGUAUCUAGAUACCACAUCUUACUAGACUCUACAAAUAACUUCGCGGUUCGUAUUUGAAUGAUUACAGUACAUAAAACUGUAACGUGACAGCCAUAUUUAGAGUACCUUGUUAAAAUAUGCGAAAUAUUAGUAAAAUUUCCGAAGUCCUUAACGCAGCUAUUGUGCCGAAUACUUUAAAUAUUCACACGAGGCGCACCUCCGUGCUGGCGCUACAAGAAUGCAUCAUAUCAUUUGUUUUAAUUAAUUAAAUUAUAAUUUUUUAACUCAAUUAAUUUACCCAUGUAAUUUUAUUUACAAAGCAUUUUAAGAAUAACUAUGUAAUGAUUUAUCGUAGCACAUUAACAUAUUAAUCGGACGACCAUUUCGUAACCACGCAUUAAAGAGUACAGAAGAGAUGCACUUAAAUUAAAAUAAUAUCUUUAUAAAUAUAUCUUUAUUUGAAGCAAAAAUAAACUUUAUAAUAAUAAAGGUAAAUACAACCUAACUGGCAUGUUUUGAUGCUUUUAAUACUAAAGAUUGGCAAUUCUGUACUCGCGUUAUUUUGUAUCACAUUUUCAUUUGCGAGAUCUACCCUGAACGGGGACUUUUUUGUAUGAAAUGGAAUUAUUAUUUUUAGUUAGUUUAAUCAAUUAAUAGAUUUAUGUGUUUAAUUUUUUCGCUACUGGUUAUAACAACACCAGUCGUAGAUUUAUAAUAAAUUGCAUAAUUAAAAUUAUGUGAUUACGUACAGUUACUCUAAUUAAUCCGUAUGUAAGCACUUUAUCUUUGUUUAUUUUAAACAAGUUAUGUUGUGAUGUUUAAAAAAUAAAUGUACAUGACACAAUAA